UUGUAAAAUACAUCAAACCUCCCGCAAAAAAUAGUCAAGAAAGAAAGGUAACAUGAAAAACACGCACAAAAACUGGUACUAUUAUCAUGACGUAGGAAGGCUCUAUGUCUACGCCCUGAGGAACGCCGCCGCCGCUGCCGCCGCCGCUGUCGCCGCCGCCGCCGACUGGACUGGCAGGCUCCCACGCUGGAAACACACGCGGAGUAGGCAGUGAGAUGUUUAGUUGGUGUUUGGUCGGUGUCGUGGUAGGACGUACUGCGCUGCGGCCUGGGCUCAGCAUGACUCGUCCACGUCAAGGCCGGCCUCUAUGGGCGGCGGCCGUGGUGGUGGUGGCGGUCAUGAUGCACACAGCCGCCUUCCCUGCUUUUUCUCCGCUCCUGCGCCGUCACUACCAUCCCCAGCAGACGCCCUACGCUCAGUCUCCCGCGCGUAACCGUCCAGUCGCGGCCAAAGGAUACGGACUGACAGCACCAGAGAAGCAUCAGGACAAUCCUAAGCCUAAAACACAGGAGGUAAAAGACGAGGUACUCCUGACUGAGGUGCUGGAACACCUUAAUCUGGAGCCCCUAGAUGCCAGGGACCCGAGGAUCCAGUCACCUGAAGGCCUCAGGAUGGAGAGUCACAGUGGCACCGAUCUGGUGUUCACCAAAGAUAAAAAAGGGACGGUGAUAGUUAAUGGAAAGCCGGUGGAGGACAUGGUGGCUCUCGACGAUGGCACGGAGGUGUAUACGCUAGAGCGUUUCUUGGAGAAAAACAAGCACCGCCUUGACGAAGCCUUUCAGUUCCUUAGCCAGCAGGUGGCAGCUUCAGAGCAGCACGCCUCAAACAACAGUGCAGCAGAAAACGCGUCCUCCACCCAGGUUUCACCUUCCUUGGUCCAACUCGAAGAGGGAACCCAGGAAUUCUCUGUGUUUAUCCGUCAGGUUACGGAAAUAUCCUCGGUGACAUCUGGUCCAGAGACCACUACCUCUCUGCCUUCCACGACAACAGGAGCUGACACCGAGCUGCCUGACCGUGACCUUCCCGCCACAGAACCCCCGGUUGCCCAAGUCUUCACCUACCCUUCCACUUCCGAAAUGCUCGCAACCGAAAUCCCGACUACUGAAGUUCCAGCCACAGAAACCACCGCUCCUCUAGUCACCGCGGAGGUCCAGUCUUCUGUUGUGCCUCAGUCAACCACUGAAUCACUCGAGGCGUCUACCCUGCCGUCCAGCCACCAGACGCCAGUGACAGACACGUCCUUCACAGUAUCGUUUAGAGAAAUAUCCCCUGAAAUUCGGUCGGAAUCCAGUUCGAUAUCUCUCAACUCUGGGGUGCACACGUCCCUGGACCAGAUUGUACCUUUUAAGGAUCCGGAACAGCACCUUUCCGCCAGCUCUGAAAAAGCAGCAAAAUCUUUAACAGAUGCUUUCGAAGAUCCUUCCUCCACUUCGCAUGCCCUAGACACCACUACUGCAAUUCCAUCAGAAGACUCUAGCAUCAUUACCGCAACAGAACCUCUUCAAGAGAGCUCCACUGACUUCACGAUGAAGAUGAGUGUGUCUUUUGAAACCUCUCAAAACUCCCAGUCGGAAAGAAAAUCACAUUCAGAAAGGAGUAAAGGUUCAGUCAUACACUUGACACCAAAGGUCGUCACAAUGCAGGAGAGCUCGUCGCUUGUGGCUGCUCCAGACUUUGUUGGUGAGGACGACUCCGAUAUGAGAGUCAGUGUUUCACAGGUUACUUCCAAGGUCGGAGGGAGCAAUACAGAUGUCCAGCAGCAUCACACGAAAGCCCAGCAAGUUUUCGAUCCUAGUGUUUCAGCAGUGAAGUCACAUGUUCUUCGAGGAGCCCCAGUAACUGAAACUACCGUGUCACACCCGAAGGAAAACAUUCAAGAACCCACAAGGAAAGUUGCUUUAUCCAUAACGGAAAAAAGGCACAGCGGAGGUGGCUUUCCCUCUCCUAUGACAGACCAUGCAAGUAUUGCCUCCGUAGGCGAGUCUGAGGCAUUUGCUCAGUCCCCAGAAUCCGUGCCCGUGACAGUGACAGUCGAGGGUUCUGGUUCAGCCUCGGAGUCUUUCCAGGGCGAGGAAACUUUUGGUGAAGGUGUGAAAUGGACGUUACCCAAGGUGCCCGAGGCGGUGGAUGCUUGGGACGGCUCUUCCCUCCUCAGCCUGUGGCGACACGCCCUCUCUAAGCAGAAUCACGGGACCGCACCUCAGGGGCUGGAGCAAGCCCCGAGAACCAUCUUGUCUCCAAGUCCUUGGGUGAUGCUCAACUUAGUGGCACACGACGCCUUCCAUCCGCUGUACCACGACGGCGACAACCACGAGUCUCUACGCUCUCUGUUCCUUCUCGACUACCUCCUCCCUAUCCCCAUCAGCGCCUCAGACCCCAGGAUAUUGCGGCCAGAGGGACUCACCGUCACCAACCUAGCAGGUCGUCAACUCACCUUCAGGAGGGACGCUAAAGGAGCGAUGAGGGUGAACGGGGUGCGUACGCAGGACUGGAUGACACUUCCCGACGGUACAGAAACCUACAUGUUGGAGGGCCUCCUCUUUGACCACCGCACUAGAAUUGACGAAGCAUUCCACAGACUAGUGAAUCAGCCUAAAACACCUCACCUCUCUGGAGGCCAUCUGGUGGUGAGUGAUGGCGGAUCUCAAGUGAGUCAAGCCAAUGAUAAACACUCUCCUGAGGGGCUAGUCUUGUUCUCUGAUCGUACACUUCCCGUACCUGAGGGUGAAGUGCCAAUCAUUCACCGUGAUAUCAGUGUACAUGAUACUGACUCAGCGAUACCUGUGAUCCACCAGGAACAUGUUGAGCAUGACUUCAUUGCGGCUGUGCCUCCAAACGAUCCUGUGCCCAAGCCGAUAUCCUUAACACCAGUGAUAGAGGUCAAGCUUCCUGAGAAGCACACUUCUCAAGUCCAUGUUCCUUCGACAGAAGCUAUGCUGUUGGCUCCAGAGGCCGAAGAUGCAGUGUCGGCAGCUGAAGAUGCGCCUCUAGCGGCAAAUGUGAAUGACGCUAUUUCUCCAUUGGUUGAGGCGAGAGUACCAAUGGUUAAACCUGUGUCUCCAAUAGUUGAAGUAUCUUUGGCUGAAGUGAAAGUGCAAGAGGAUAAAACUGAGUCUCCAGAAGUCACUGGGAAAAUGCCAGUGAUUGAAACAGAAACAUUAGGUGCUGAAACUAUGCCUGUGGCUGCAGUGGGAGUACAAAUGAGUGAAACUUUGUCUCCAGCGGCGGAAGUACCAGUAGAUGAUAUCAUGUCUCAGAUUGUCGACGUGGGAAUAACAGUGGAUGAAGUUGUACCUAAAGUGCAUGAAGAGGAAGUGCCGAUAGCUGAAGUCACGUCUCCAUUAUCUGAAGUUGAAGAACCAGUGACUGAAGUUGAAGUACCAGUGACUGAAGUUGAAGUACCAGUGACUGAAGUUGAAGUACCAGUGACUGAAGUUGAAGUACCAGCGACUGAAAUUGAAGUACCAAUGACUGAAGCUGAAGUACCAGUGAACGAAGUGGAAGUACCAGUGACUGAAGUUAUGUCUUCAUUACCUGAAGAAAAAACACCAGUGAUUGGAGUUGCUGAGGUUAACGUGCCUGUGGGUGAAGCUGAAGUACCAGCAGGUGGAAUUAUGUCUCCAGUACCUGAAAUUGAAGUACCAUUUGCUGAAGUGGAAGUGCCAUUUUCUAAAUUUGAAGGACCAGUGGCCGAAGUGAAGGUACCUGUGGCUGAAGUGAUGUCUCCAGUGGCUGAAGUACCAGUGGAUGAAGUGAAAAUGCCAUUAGUUAAAGUUAUGCCUCCCAUGGCUGAAGUGAGAGUACCAGCAGUUGAAGGGAGAGUACCAGCGGUUGAAAGAAUACCAGCGGUUGAAAGAAUACCAGCGGUUGAAGGGAGAAUACCAGCGGUUGAAGGGAGAGUACCAGCGGUUGAAGUGAGAGUACCAGCGGUUGAAAGAAUACCAGCAGUUGAAGGGAGAGUACCAGCGGUUGAAGUGAGAGUACCAGCUGUUGGAGGGAGAGUACCAGCGGUUGAAAGAAUACCAGCGGUUGAAAGGAGAGUACCAGCGGUUGAAGGGAGAGUACCAGCGGUUGAAGUGAGAGUACCAGCGGUUGGAGGGAGAGUACCAGCGGUUGAAAGAAUACCAGCGGUUGAAGAGAAAGUACCAGUGGUUGAAGGGAGAGUACCAGCGGUUGAAGGGAGAGUACCAGCGGUUGAAGGGAGAGUACCAGCGGUUGAAAGGAGAGUACCAGCGGUUGGGAGAGUACCAGCGAUUGAAGGGAGAGUACCAGCGGUUGAAAGGAGAGUACCAGCGGUUGGGAGAGUACCAACGGUUGAAGGGAGAGUACCAGCGGUUGGGAGAGUACCAACGGUUGAAGGGAGAGCACCAGCGGUUGAAAGGAGAGUACCAACGGUUGAAGGGAGAGUACCAGCGGUUGAAAGGAGAAUACCAGUGGUUGAAGGGAGAGUACCAGCGUUUGAAGGGAGAGUACCAGCGGUUGAAAGGAGAAUACCAGUGGUUGAAGGGAGAGUACCAGCGUUUGAAGGGAGAGUACCAGCGGUUGAAAGAAGAGUACCAGCGGUUGGGAGAGUACCAGCGGUUGAAAGGAGAAUACCAGUGGUUGAAGGGAGAGUACCAGCGGUUGAAGGGAGAGUACCAGCGGUUGAAAGGAGAAUACCAGUGGUUGAAGGGAGAGUACCAGCGGUUGAAGGGAGAGUACCAGCGGUUGAAAGGAGAAUACCAGUGGUUGAAGGGAGAGUACCAGCGGUUGAAGGGAGAGUACCAGCGGUUGAAAGAAGAGUACCAGCGGUUGGGAGAGUACCAACGGUUGAAGGAAGAGUACCAGCGGUUGAGAGAGUACCAGCGGUUGAAGGGAGGAUACCAGCGGUUGAAAGGAGAAUACCAGUGGUUGAAGGGAGAGUACCAGCGGUUGAAGGGAGAGUACCAGUGGUUGGGAGAGUACCAACGGUGGAAGGGAGAGUACCAGCGGUUGAAAGGAGAGUACCAGCGGUUGAAAGGAGAGUACCAGCGGUUGAAAGGAGAGUACCAGUGGUUGGGAGAGUACCAACGGUUGAAGGGAGAGUACCGGCGGUUGGGAGAGUACCAGCGGUUGGGAGAGUACCAACGGUUGAAGGGAGAGCACCAGCGGUUGAAAGGAGAGUACCAGCGUUUGGAGGGAGAGUACCAGCGACUGGAGUGAGAGCACCAUUGACUGAAGUACCUGUGACUGAAUUUAUGCCUUCAGUGGCUGAAGUAGAAGUACCAGUGACUGAGGUUAAGUCUCCUGUCUCUGAACUUGAAGUACCUGUGGUUGAAAGUAUGCAUCCAGGGACAGAAGUGGAUGUUUUAGUGGCUGAAGUUAUGUCUCUUAUGGGUGAGGUUAUGUCUCCAGUACCUGAAGUUAUGUCUCCAGUAGCUGAAGUGAAAAUACCAGUGGCUGGAGUAAAGUCUCCAGUAGCCGGAGUUAUGUCUCCAGUGGCUGAAUUUGAAGUACCAGUAUCUGAAGUCAAGUCUCCAGUGGCUGAAUUUGAAGUACCAGUAUUUGAAGUCAAGUCUCCAGUGGCUGAAUUUGAAGUACCAAUAUCUGAGGUCAGGUCUCCAGUGGCUGAAUUUGAAGUACCAGUAUCUGAAGUCAGGUCUCCAGUGGCUGAAUUUGAAGUACCAGUAUCUGAAGUCAGGUCUCCAGUGGCUGAAUUUGAAGUACCAGUAUCUGAAGUCAGGUCUCCAGUGGCUGAAUUUGAAGUACCAGUAUCUGAAGUCAGGUCUCCAGUGGCUGAAUUUGAAGUACCAGUAUCUGAAGUCAGGUCUCCAGUGGCUGAAUUUGAAGUACCAGUAUCUGAAGUCAGGUCUCCAGUGGCUGAAUUUGAAGUACCAGUAUCUGAAGUCAGGUCUCCAGUGCCUGAAUUUGAAGUACCAGUAUCUGAAGUCAGGUCUCCAGUAACUGAAUUUGAAGUACCAGUACCUGAAGUCAAGUCUCCAGUGGCUGAAGUUGAAGUACCAGUGUCUGAAGUCAGGUCUCCAGUGGUUGAAGCUGAAGUACCACUGUCUGGAGUCAGGUCUCCAGUGGCUGAAGUUGAAGUACCAGUAUCUGAAGUCAGGUCUCCAGUGGCUGAAGUUGAACUACCAGUAUCUGAAGUCAGGUCUCCAGUGGCUGAAUUUGAAGUACCAGUAUCUGAAGUCAUGUCUCCAGUGGCUGAAGUUGAAGUACCAGUGUCUGAAGUCAGGUCUCCAGUGGCUGAAGUUGAACUACCAGUAUCUGAAGUUAGGUCUCCAGUGGCUGAAGUUGAACUACCAGUAUCUGAAGUCAGGUCUCCAGUGGCUGAAGUUGAAGUACCAAUAUCUGAAGUCAGGUCUCCAGUGGCUGAAGUUGAAGUACCAGUGUCUGAAGUCAGGUCUCCAGUGGCUGAAGUUGAACUACCAGUGUCUGAAGUCAGGUCUCCAGUGGCUGAAGUUGAAGUACCAGUAUCUGAAGUCAGGUCUCCAGUGGCUGAAGUUGAAGUACCAGUGUCUGAAGUCAGGUCUCCAGUGGCUGAAGUUGGAGUACCAGUGUCUGAAGUCAGGUCUCCAGUGGCUGAAGUUGAAGUACCAGUGUCUGAAGUCAGGUCUCUAGUGGUUGAAGCUGAAGUACCAGUAUCUGAAGUCAGGUCUCCAGUGGCUGAAGUUGAAGUACCAGUGUCUGAAGUCAGGUCUCCAGUGGCUGAAGUUGAAGUACCAGUGUCUGAAGUCAGGUCUCCAGUGGCUGAAGUUGAAGUACCAGUGUCUGAAGUCAGGUCUCCAGUGGCUGAAGUUGAAGUACCAGUGUCUGAAGUCAGGUCUCCAGUGGCUGAAGUUGAAGUACCAGUGUCUGAAGUCAGGUCUCCAGUGGCUGAAGUUGAAGUACCAGUGUCUGAAGUCAGGUCUCCAGUGGCUGAGGUUGAAGUACCAGUGUCUGAAGUCAGGUCUCCAGUGGCUGAAGUUGAAGUACCAGUGUCUGAAGUCAGGUCUCCAGUGGCUGAGGUUGAAGUACCAGUGUCUGAAGUUGUACAUUCAACAGCUGAAGUAAAAGUACCAGCAUUUGAAUUUAUGCCUCCACUGCCUGAAAUGAAAGUACCAGUGGUUGAAAUUAAAAUACCUGUGACAGAAGUUAUAUCUCCAGUGAGUGAAGUGGAAGUACCGGUUGCUGAAGUUUUGUCUCCUGCAGCUGAAUUCGAAGUACCCAUGGCUGAAGUGGAAUUGCCAGUUGGUGGAGUUAUGUCUUCAGUGGGUGAAACUACUCUUCCAAUAGUUGGAGUGGAAAUGCCUGUAUCUGAAGAUGUGGAUGCAGUGGCAAAACUAGAAGUUCCUGAAAUGGAGGUUCAUGCUGCUGGGACGGAAGUUUCUUUGUCCGAGCACAUUUCUCCCGCAGAUGAACUUGGAGUUACUGUUGCUAAAGUUGGCAUUAAGUUGGAACCCCUUGUCCCUAAAUUGGAAGUUUCUUCUUCUACACUGAAGGCUUCUUUGGAUAAUCCUGUCUCCUCAGCAGCUGAAUUUGAAGUACGAGUGGCUGAAGCUUUGGAUCCCAUGACUGAGGUACAAGUGUCAGUAAGUGAACCUGUUAAUCAAGUGACUGAAUUAGAGAUGCCAGUAGCUGAAGCUGCAGCUCCGAUGCUUGAAAACGUACCUCACUUGGCUGUGAAAGCGUCAGAAACUAAACUGAAGGCAUCAGAAGAUGCAGUUAAAGGCGCAAUUGUUGAAGAUGUGUCUUCAGUGGCCGCAACAGAAGUACCAGUGGCCGACGUGAAAAUGCCAAUUGCUCAGAUUGUGGAUCCAGUGGGUGAACAGGAAAUACCAGUGUUCGAACUUGAAAUACCAGUGAUUGGAGUGGAAACACCUUUGACUGAAACUGAAGUUAUUAUGCCUAGAGUAGAAGUUCCUUUAGUUAAAGUGGAGGCUCCAUUAGCUGGAUCUAUGUCACCAGCAGAUAAAUUUGAAGUACUUUCUGAGGCUGGAAGAGAAGUACCAUUGCUUGUAGCUGGAUCUGCAGUGGCUGGAAUAAGAGUGCCAGUAGUUGAAGCAGCUCAGUUUGAAGUACCUCCUGCAGUUGAGGCGGAAGUACCAUUGGGUGUAACUGGAUCUGCAGUGGCCGGAGUGGAAGUGCCAGUGGUUGAAGCUGGAAUUCCAUCAAGUAAAGUGGAAGUGCCACCAGCUGAAUUUGAUGUGCCAGAGGCUGGAAGGAAAGUACCACCAACUGUUCUGAUUCCUGGACCUAAAGUGGCAGUUCCUCAGGCUGAAGUGGAAAUUCCGUUGACUGGACCUGUGUCUCCAGUUGUUGCAUUUGAAACACCAGUGGCUGAAGGUGUGGAUUCAGUGAUGGAAGUGAAAAUUCCUUUUGCUGAAGUGGAAGAUCUUGUCACUGAAGAAACUAUGGGUCCUGCAGCUGAGGCUAAAGUGCCAGCUGACAAUGUGCAAGUGCCAGCGAGAGAACUUGAAGUAUUAGUGAGCAAUGUGCAAGUGCCUGUAACUGAAUUUGAGGUACCAGUGUCUGGAGUUCAAGGGGUUGUGUCUGAAUUCGAUGUUCCAGUGACUGAAACUGUGUCUCCAGUGGCUGAGGUGGAAACGCCAGCAAGUGAAGUAGAAGUACCAGUGACUGAAAUUAUUUCUUCGACUGAAGCAGAAAACCCAGCGACUCAAACGAUGCCUUCCGUUGCUGAGGAAGAAACACCAAAGAUUGAAGUAGAAACACCAGUGACUGAAAUGGAAGUGCAUGUGUCUCAAAUUAUACCUUCUGUUACUGAAGUAGAAGAGCCAGUGACCGACGUGGAAGCGCCAACAACUGAAAGUUUGUCUUCUGUGGAUGAAGUAGAGCAGCCCGUAACCGGAAUGGAGGUGUCAGUGACUCAAAGUACGAGUAAGUUUUCUGUGGCUGAAUUGCAAGCACCAGUAACAGAAGCAGAAGCAUCAGUGACUGAAGCAGAAACGCCAGUGACUGAAGGAGAAAAGCAUGUGACUGAAACUAUACCUUCUGUUCCUGAAAUAGAAGAGCCAGUAACUGAAGCUGAAGCACUAGCAACUGUGGCUGAAGAGAAAGAGCCAGUGACCAGAGUGGAAGUGUCAGUGACUCAAAUUGUGUCAUCUGUGACUGAAGCAGAAGCGCAAGUGACUGAAGGAGAUCAUGUGACCGAAACAGAAGCACCAGUGACUGAAGCAGAAGCGCAAGUGACUGAAGGAGAAGAUCAUGUGACCGAAACAGAAGCACCAGUGACUGAAACAGAAGCACAAGUUGCUGAAACUGUGUCUUCAGUGGCUGAAGUAGAACCACCGGUAACUCAGACUAUGUCUUCUGUUGCAAAAGUAAAAGUACCAGUGACUCAAACUAUUCCUUCAGUGGAUGAAGUAGAAACACCGGUAACUCAGACUAUGUCUUCUGUGGCCGAAGUAGAGACUCCACUAAUUGAGGUGGAAGCGCCAGCAGAUGAAGUGGGAAUGCCAGAGACAGAAACUUUGUCAACUUUAGAUGAAGUGCAUGUGUCCCAGGUGACUGUGCCAGUGGCUGAAGCUGUGUCUCCAACGCCUGAAAUCAAACAUUCCCUUGCAGAAAUCGAAGUGAAAGUGAUUGGCGUAGAAGCAGCAGUGGCUGAUGUUGCAGCUCCUAAGACUAAAGUAAACAUUCCUAUGGUUGAGCUAGAAACUCCGUUGGCUGGAUCUUUGUCCGGAGUGACUGAAUUUGAAACACCAGUGUCCGAAGUGGAAGUACCAGUGUUCGAAGCUGGGUCUGCAGUGGCUGAAGUACCAGUGCCAAAGAUUGAUGUGAAAAUACCAGUGGCUGGAGUGGAAGCACAAGUGGCUGAAGUAAAAAUACCAGUGGUUGAAGUGGAAGUACCAUCUGUCAAAGCUGGGUCUGCGGUGGCUGAAGCACCAUUGCCAAAGGUUGAUGUUGAAGUACCAGUGGCUGGAGUAGAAGCACGAGUGGUUGAAGUGGAAUUACCAGUGGUCAAAGCUGGGUCUGCGGUGGCUGAAGUAGCAUUGCCAGAGGUUGUUGUGGAAGUACCAUUGGCUGGAGUGGAAGCGCCAGAGCAUGAAGUUGAAGUACCAGUGGGCGAAGCUGGGUCUGCGGUGGCUGAAGUAGAAGUGCCAAAGGUUGAUGUGGAAGUACCAAUGGCUGGAAAGGAUGUACCAGUGUCUGAGGUUAAAGUGCCCGUGGCUGAAGUAGAAGAAACAAUGCCUGAAGUAAGAGCACCAGUGGCUGAAGUGGAUGUACCAUUGGAUGAAGUAAGAGUACCUGUAGCUGAAGUGGAAGGACCAGUGGCUGAAGUGGAAGGAUCGGUAGCUACAGGUGUAGCUCCAGUUAAUGAAGUGGAAAUUCCAGUAAGUGAAGCGGAAGCUCCAAUUUCCAGAGACGUACCAUCUGUAGCAAUCUCCAGGAACCCAAAAGAUGAAAUUGUGAUUCCAGUAGACGGUAAUGUAGUUCUGACGGCAGAAACGGUUGUUUCCGUCACUGGCCAUGAAUCAGCGUCACCGAGUGGAGGGGAGCCAGCAUCUGUCGUCCAAGAGUCUUCUGCCCCAAUCUGGGUACCAGAAGUUAGACCUGAGGAAGAAUUGCCAAUCCCUCAGAUACUUCCCGAACUUCCUGAAUCCCAUGAUCCCAAGGCGAAGGUCGGUGAUGAAGGAACACAUGCAGUAACAAAUGUGCCUCUUACUUUUCAUCAGACUGAUAUUCACAUUCCCACUCCAAAGGGAGUUGCAUUUGGGGAGAAAGGAUUGACUGUGCCUGAGAUUCCCAGGCUGGUGGAGGACGAGGAGGCUUCUUCACUGCUAAACAUCUGGCGCCACGCGCUUCUGCUGCAGAACCGAACUCCGACGGCUCCACGAACUCGUGCCCAAGUUGUGCCGCGAACAAUACUUUCUCCGCCCCCAUUCCUGGUGUAUAACUUGGCGCCCCAGGACGGCCCUCAUCCUCUGUAUAGCAACACCCCAGAGAACACUGCCCUCCGUGCUGAGUUCCUGCUGGACUACCUCGUGCAGUAUCCGAUCAGCGCCUCCGACAAGAGAAUAGCCCAUCCCGGAGGCUUCACCGUCCCUAAUUUGGCGAAAAAGAACCUCGUUUUUAAGGCUGACGAUGCAGGACGACUCACAAUAAACGGAGUAGAGGUGAUGUCAGUCAAGACGCUUGCAGAUGGCACGGAAGUGUACUUUCUAGCGAACUUACUCUUCGACCACAUGGCGAAAGUAGACGCUGCGCUACGAAAGCUGAACAGACAACCGAGCCGCUUUGGUCCUCUCGGACAGCCGCUAGCAAUUUCAGAAAGGCCAGUGCCAGUAACUGCUGAAGAAGUCCUGCCCAUCGCAUCUGGAGGAUUGCAGCCGGUGCCUCCGAUUCCUGGGCUAGUGGCGGAGAGUGAAGCCAGUACGCUCCUCGACCUUUGGCGCCACGCCCUCUGGAGUCAACGAAGUUCUGUCACAUACCGAAGGGACCUACCUGCUCCCAAGACGGUACUCUCUCCUAGUUACCUGAGCGUGACGAAUCUGGCACCAAAGGAUGGCCCACACCCUCUGUACCACGACGCCCCCGAAAACGAAGCACUCCGCGACGAAUUCUUGCUGGAUUACCUUGUGCAGAAUCCUAUCACCACCGCCGACAUCCGCAGGGCGCAGCCAGGCAGCCUCAUCGUCACCAACCUUGCGGGCCACAGGCUUAUCUUUGCCGUCAAUGACGCCGGCAUCUUCACCGUUAACGGCGUGCCUGUGGAGGGGAUGAUGAGCCUGCCUGACGGGACUCAGGUCUACGCCCUCGCCGGCCUGCUCUUUAACCACGCGGCGCGGGUGGAUCAAGCCCUCCAGCCACUACUCCGACGCAGUGAUUUCCUCCCCAUUCCGAUAACCGCUAAUCCAAGAGUUCCUCCACCGGUCUUUCCACACUACAACCCCGCCUUCCAGCACCUUCACUCCUCUCUUAGAUCACGCAUUAGGUCGCCUCGGAGGGGGUAGAAGACCUCUUUGUCCUCAACGCUCACAAUCCUUCCCUAUGAGAUGCUGAAAGGACCGCCGCCAUCACCACCACCGCCAACGUUCUUCUAGUCACGUGAUUCUGCUGAGAGGUGAAGCUGCGGAUGGCCACCAAAGCAGGAUAUGAUAAUUAUAGGGAAGAUUCGUUACUUCGCUACACCCUCCCUGUUUCCUGUACAAAACCCUCCCCCCUCGCCUUUGCCGACAUCAGUAUUGCCAAUCCUAAGGCCGUGUACCUGUAUCCUGUGUUCCUAUCCGUCUGAACCUGCGUCCAGAGCAUUUCCUAGGUUCACUCCUGUGUCCGGGUUUAGCAAUGCAGGACUUGUCAAAGGCGGAGGUGGAGGCAGCAGCAGCACACAUUCCUAAAGGUUCUGAACGUCUGGCCGCAAUAUUCUGAAGCAUCUCAUGGCAACUGAAACCAAUUCGUCCGAGAAGCUACUGAGGCACUUUCUUUAAUCUCCUCUUAAUGUACAUAGAAGCCACAACUGUCUUACUGCGCACACCACUGAAGGGAUUGCUAUAGGUAUGGGUGCUCGUUUCACUAUACGAAUAUAUACGUCUACAUACACGAUGAGGAUGCUAGACGCCCUUGAUGGAGGACAGUGUGGGUCUCGCUUGCUUGAGCUGGUGUUGGUGUUGGUGGAGCGCGCCGCUGUCUCACUGACGCUUGUAUGAACAUGUUUUGCUCCUGAUGCAUGUUGUGAAUGAAACUGUGUGUGUUUGUGGAUGACCGUAUGACUGUAUGAGUGUCAAAGGAGCACCGUGCUGUGACUGAAUAAUCAAAUAAAAUUAUGAUUAUUGA